UAAAUUUGUAUUUUAUCUGCUCGUUCAUAAGUGUCUUUCGUAUAAUUAAUCUGCGAGGUAUCGGAUUUUGCAAAAAUAAAAAAAAGGAAUUCGUAAUUGGAAAUUUUAUUAUCGUUCCUCACACUGUUUUAAAAACUAUCGAACUAGUGCGUAAUCAGAAGAUAAAAAAAAAUGAGAGUACUUCUAUUGACAUUUAUAUUGGCAAGUGUUAUUUUUUCAUCGAUUCAUUUAAAUUUAGUAUCUGCGAAUGAAUCCAAUCAAGUUAUUGCCUUUAACAAUGUAAAAGGUGAAUUUGACCGUAAAAAGCGACAAAUACCACAACAAAGCUUUCCUCAAUCACAAGGUAGUUUAAACAAUGAAGAUGUAAAUAUCCUCGGACUACUCAAUUCGUUUGGUAAAUUACAGCAAGAAUCCAAUUCAAUAGUAGAAUCUAAUACACAUUCUCCUAAUCCAAUUAAUUCUAAUUAUCAAUUUUUGCAAAAUGGUAAUCAUUAUCAACAGAAUGGAAACCAAUUUCCACAAAAUGGAAAUCAAUUUCUACCAAAAGUAAACCAAUUUCCACAAAAUGGUUACCAAUUUCCACAAAAUAGUUACCAAUUUCCACAAAAUGGUUAUCAAUAUCCACAAAAUGGAAAUCAAUUCCCACAAAAUGGAUACCAAUUUCCACAAAAUGGAAAUCAAUUCCCACAAAAUGGAUACCAAUUUCCACAAAAUGGAAAUCAAUUCCCACAAAAUGGAUACCAAUUUCCACAAAAUGGAAAUCAAUUAUAUCAACCAGGAGCAGGAGUCAAUUUUUCACCAUUAACAUCCAAUUCCAAUAUUGGAUUAAGUGAAUCUCAAUGUGACAUUCACAUAAAGAAAAUGGAAUCAAUGUAUAAUCAAAUUUUAGAAGAGAUCAUGAAAGAUGUGAAAGCUGCAGCGAAUAAGGAAAAAGAUAACGGAAUUCUGCAAAAUCUUGUCAAUCGUUUUGGUACAUUUCGUCAAAAUAUUAGAAAUUUUGCUAAAAAAAUAACAAUGGGAAUAUCUGAUAAAAUUAUGGAGCAAAUUUUAAAAGUUAAUUAAAGUUACAAAAGAGAAAUGGAACAAUAAUUAAUUGUAUGAAGAAAAAUAUAAUUAUU